AUGACGUUCAACGCCAUGCCCCACAGCCCUCAGUCCACUGGCUCUGUCUCUCCCAGUGCUCCCCCUGUCACUCUCCCGCUCUCCAUUCCUGAGACGAAGCCCUCUGUGGGAUCCCCCGCCUCGAGCGAGUCAUCCUCGCUGCCCACUCCGCUGUCUGCGAGCUUUGCUGGUUCGCUCACUCCCUCUGCCUUUGGCUCGUUCCCUGGUCCCCAAUCUGCCGCCGCUGCAGGCGCAGUCCGCCGCAAGCCCUCUCGUCGCGCCAACACCGCCGAGCGCCGAGCAACUCACAAUGCUGUGGAGCGGGCUCGUCGCGAAACCCUCAACUCACGCUUCCUGGAUUUGGCAGCGCUUCUUCCUAACCUUGUUUCGGUUCGUCGUCCGUCCAAGUCGGCCAUUGUCAAUUCGUCCAUUGCCUUGAUCCACACCCAGCGCCGGGCGCGAGCCACCGCUGGCCGUGAGCUUCGGAAUCUCAAGGCCGAGGCUGACUCGCUCCGCCGCCAGCUCAACGAAUGGCGCGAACGAGCCUGUCUCCCUCCCGUCGAAGAACCCAUGCGCAAUGCCGAAUUCUUGGCGCUUAUCGCACUCGAAGAGGAAGAUGCCGAAGAAGGCGAGGAGGAACGUGCGGCGUAUGCGAUGAUGGAGAUGGAGCGUGGCAUGGGCGGCGGAUACAUGCGCGAUGGCGACGAUGGUGACGACGAUGGAUUCGGCCCAGACGAUGUUCUCGGCCUUGAGUCCACUUCGCCCCCGCAGCCUCCCGCAGCCCCCACGAUGCCCCUCGCUCCCCCCGUCGGCCUCCCAAUGCACGGCCACCUGCCGCAUCACUUGCGUAUGCCCCUUGCUCCCAUGCAUGGAUAUCCUGGAUUCGAUCCCUCUGGCUUCGAUCCGACCGACGCUGAAAAGCUCGCCGCAUGGAACUCGCAGAUCUACACCGCUCUCCAGUGGCAAGCCGCCCAAGCUCAGGCUCACGCCCACGCCCAGGCAGCACUCUUCUCUCCUGGAUCCGCACACCACGGCAGCGCCCCUUCCUUUCCCGCCCUCGCAUUUCAGCAGCAACGUGGACUUCUCUCAGCCGGAUUCGCCCACCACGCCCCCCAGGGGGACGAUGACUCCUCGUCCGUAGCCGGCACUGACCCGUCUUCUCCCCACCGUCCCUCGUCCAACGCCGGCACUCAGACAAGCUUUGACGAGUUGGCUGCUGCAGCUGCCUUUCAACAAGCUCAGGCUCACCAGACCCGCGCAGGCCGAAGCGCAAGCCUGAGUUCAUUCACCGCUCCUUCAAUGCGGAAACACCCUUCGCAGGGCCACGUCCCCCAGGUGGGCGGCGUUGGUGGUCCGUUUGCGCCCAUGGGUCUCUUGAUCUAA